AUGGAGUCAGUUAAUUCAGGUCUACACCAGCAGAUAUCCACUCCCUACAGACAACUACAACCACAAGCUGAACAAGCUCUCCAGCAUGGUCAACAUCACCUCAGUCACCAUACUCUUGCAUCUCAGCCUGGUCUCGAUCUGUCGGGUUUGGUCCAAGAUGAUAACAAUUCAGUCUACCCAGACUUGAGGAGCUUGCAGGAUCCAAACACAGGACAUACUGUUGUUCAUCAGUAUCCUUCUCCAGUUCCCUAUGAUCGAAAUAAUGGUCACCAACAGAUGCAUGUUCAAAAUACUGAUAGCCCUCAUACCCCACAGCAGCAACUACAACAACAUCCUGGACCAGGACAAUUUGGUAUCUUGACUGCAGGUCCCCCUCUCCCUCUCCCUCUUCAUCAUAAUACAAUCGGUUGUUUGCAGCAAGGAUUGCAGCAAAGUUUGCAGCAAGAUGAUGAUUUAUUUGGCACACCUGAUGAAUCAGACCAAAAGAGCACUGGACAUCUUUCUCACAAAAUCGUUCCUAAUCCUCCUAAUCUGGAAGCAUGGAGAGAGAAACUGUUUAAUGUUGAUGAGAUGAUCACUCUGAGUGAAGAAGAAUAUAAUACUUAUUUCCCUCAUGUCGACAAUGUUUAUUCUCAUCGAUCUACUCAAAAAUAUAAGCGCAAGCCUUUUGUUUCUCACUAUUGGGAUUGUCGUCUAAAAGGUCGUCCACCUGGAACUGCCAAAUCCGAUGACCCAAACAAAAAGAAGCGGAAGCGGACUGCGAGAGAAAGAGAUCUUUGCGAUGUCAAGAUUAAGAUUACAGAGUACUUUCCAGGUGCUAUGUUGCGAGCAGACUUCCAACCAGAUGGAGGACCAUCAUCAGAUCCAUCCCAAGCCAACAACUAUUUUGCUCAAGCCGGAACGCACCAACAACAAUUUGCCAUUCCUCUGAACAAUAUGAAUAUCCAAUCAAAUCAUCCAGGUGCAACAGGCCAACGUUAUUACACAAUACAACGCGUCAAUGGAAAUGGCGGCAACGGAAAGGGUGAUGGUGUUGCAGGGCCUCAUAAGCAUGAUUUGCAGAGAAGUGAUGAGAUCAAGAAGAAUAGUAUUCUACGAUUUCUUCAAAAGCGAGAGAAGGAAGACAAGAAGACUCAGAAAACUUACCACAAGAGAGCCAGCGGUUUUGCUUUGAACACCGUCAAGAAACAUUCUAAAGAGAAUGAUCUAAAGUUGUUUGCCAGUUGCUUUUGUCCUUUUGUGCAGCGAGUAUGGAUUGCUUUAGAAGCCAAGGGUAUGCAGUAUCAAUACGUUGAAGUUGAUCCAUACAAGAAGCCUCAAUCUUUGUUAGAGGUCAAUCCUAGAGGAUUGGUUCCUGCUAUUCGUCAUGGGGAUUGGGGUUGUGGUGAAAGUACCGUGUUGAUUGAAUACCUCGAAGAUCUUCAAAUUGGUCCACCUCUUCUUCCCCAGGGUGCUCAAGCGAAAGCUCAUUGCAGACUUUGGAGCGACCAUAUUGAUCGUAAAAUCGUCCCCGCGUUUUAUCAACUCCUCCAAUCCCAGGACUUUAAUAAGCAAGCUGAGAAUACCAGAAAACUUCGCGAGGAGAUCUCUCAAAUCGUUGAUGUUUGCGAUCCUCAAGGUCCUUUCUUCCUCGGCCCAACUCUCUCCUACACUGAUAUUCAAUUUGCACCUUGGAUGCUUCGCUGCAGUCGAGUUCUUAAACAUUAUCGAGGUUGGCAGGAUCCUCAACCGGGUAGUCGAUGGGCAAUCUGGUUUGAUGCAGUCGAGAAUAAUGAGUUUGUAAAGGCGACGACGAGUACGGAUGAUUUGUACAUCGAUAGUUAUGAGAGAUAUGCGAUGAACAGACCGAAUACUAGUGAGUUGGCCGACGCGGUUAAUGGGGGAUUUGGUUUACCUUAG